AUGAACGCGGUCCAUGCCGGUGGCCUUGACCUGCCUCCAGGGUUCCAGUUCCACCCGAGUGACUAUGAGAUUGUUAGCCACUACCUGACAAACAAGGUGCGCAACACAGACUUCACCUACACCGCCUUUGAAGAGGUAGACCUAAACAAGACCGAGCCAUGGAACCUCCCGAUUAAAGCAAAAUGGGGCAAGAAAGAGUGGUACUUCUUCUACCAAAAGGACCACAAGUACUCGAUGGGGUUGAGGGCAAACCGAGCCACAAAGGCUGGUUAUUGGAAAGCAACAGGCAGAGACAAGGAGGUCUACAAUACCAUAGAAGGGGUGGUGGUGGUGGUCGGCAUGAAGAAGACGCUUGUCUUCUACAAGGGCAGGGCUCCUAGGGGCGAUAAAACCAACUGGGUGAUGCAUGAGUAUAGGCUUGACAGCAGCGGCAGGCUCCCUAGCCCCGCAUCCGCAUCCAACUCAGCCACCAACGGUGCGACAGCCAUUAAAGCUUCAGCUUCUGUUUUCAAGGAUGAGUGGGUGGUCUGUCGUGUGUUUGAAAAGACCACUGGGAUGAAGAAGACGACUGCACCGACAUAUCAGGUGGCCAUGGAUGGUGCUGAUAUUGAUCAGAAUCAGAACAACAUCCUGGCCAUCCCCAUGCCACUAUAG